UGCUGUAGUAGUAUCGAUAUAAAAGUCAUUCAAUAUUAACUGUUCAACUUUAGUAGAUUGUGAUUUUUGAUGAUUCCAGUGCUUGGUAUUCCGUACCUCCUAUUUGUCAAUAUCUUUUUCCUGGUAAUAUUAAAUCCGUCCAAGUACAUCGCAAUGGCUAAGCUAGUAGAUGACCAGUUCGUCCGCAAGACUAACGAUUUUGCCUUGGAGCUUUAUAAGCAAAUAAUUUCCGUCGACAAGAAAAAUGUUGUCAUCUCGCCGUUUUCUAUUAGUACCUGUUUAUCCUUCGCUGCCAUGGGGGCAGCCGGCUCGACCGCAGAGGAACUGUUUUCGGCAAUGAAAUAUGGAACCGCAUCAGAAAAGGAAAAAGUUGCAGAAAGUUAUGGCAACGUACUCGCAAACUUGGAUUCUAACAAAAGUCUCAAGACUGCGAACAAAAUGUACAUUAUGGAGAAGUAUUCCGUGAAACAAAAAUUUCGUGAUAUUGCUGUUGAAAAAUUCAGAUCAGAUGCCGAACACAUUAACUUCACUGAAAAUAGCCAAGCCGCAAAAACAAUCAACUCGUGGGUCGAGCAAAAAACCAAUGAUAAAAUCAAGGAUUUAAUUUCUCCAGAUGUUCUCGAUGAGAAUACCCGAAUGGUGUUGGUAAAUGCUAUCCAUUUCAAGGGCACAUGGGCACAUCAGUUUAAUCCCGAUGUUACCAGACCAAUGCCGUUUUGGAUUAGUGCUACUGAAUCGGUGGAUGUUCCAAUGAUGAACACUAAAAAGCAUUUUAAGCACGGUGUUUUUGAAGACCUUGGGUUAGCCGCCCUCGAGCUUACAUACAGUGACAGUGAUGUCAGUAUGCUGAUUUUGCUUCCAAACGAAAGGGACGGUUUGGCCAAAUUGGAAGAUAACAUGGCUAGCAUUGAUAUUCCCAAUAUGCUAACGAAAAUGUAUAGCCAAGAAGUGGAACUGUUUCUGCCGAAAUUUAAAAUUGAGUUCGAUAUUGACCUGAAAGACACCCUAGAAAAGCUCGGCAUGGGAAAGAUGUUCACUGAUCAAGCUGAUUUUAGUGAUAUGUUGGAACAGGCAGAACCGCUUAAGGUUUCGAAUGUAGUGCACAAAGCGUUCAUCGAAGUCAAUGAAGAAGGGGCAGAAGCUGCAGCCGCCACUGGAAUGAUAGCAAUGGCCAUGUGCUACAUCGAACCCCUAAGUUUUGCUGUUGAUCGACCAUUUUAUUUCGCAUUGAUUAAUAAACAACACAAUCUAAUCAUUUUCAACGGACAUAUCCUGAAUCCGAAGUAUUAACAACGGAACGAAGAGAACAAAACAGUUCAGCCUGACUACCAUAACCACCACCCUUCAAACAUUUUUUAACAAAACCUCGUUCUCGAAGUCCUCUUGACCAGGGGACGGGACCAGCGGAUAGAUGUUUUCUUUUUUUUUUUGUUCUGUUAAUUUAAUCGUUCGUACUUUAUGCCUCACAUAUUUUAAAUGAACUGGCUGCAUAUGACUGUUCCCUAUAGCUGCAUUUUACCGAAGACUUCAUAUCAAGAAGACUGGCAACUCUGGCCAGAAUCAGGAGACAGUAACAGCAACGCCACUUGCGGGUAUAUAUGAAGACUUUUUUUUCAAUAGGUCCAAUCUGCAAAUGAGAGCCCUCUUUUUUUUGCUUUCGCUUUCGAUUAUUACUGCAAAACCAUAAAACUUUUUAAGCAUUUAUCAGUAUGUUUCGAAAGACCAAGGUUUUUACUAGCUUUUAAUGCAUACAGUUGAUGGGUAAUUGGACAGGUGAGCGAGUAAUUCGCGGAAGAGAAAGUAAACAAAGAGAGGCUCUCUUUUGCAGAUUGGGCCUAUUGAAAAAAAGUCUUCAUAUACACUUUUACAUUAAGCUUUCUACCUUCCUCCAAUAGAGGCGUUGUAACCUCUGUCGCUUCUCGUUUGUAUGGAGGAAGUAAAGAGAUAUCAGUCUUCUUAAUAUGUAGUCUUCGAUUUUACGUUAGUUUUUUUCCUAGCCGCACGUCCCGUCUCAGCUCUUGACCAAUUGUGUAGAGGGUUGACGAUAGGUGCAAGCGAUAUCCAAAACAUAAAACCAAACACGCUUAUUUCUUCUAGUAUUCGAAAUUUGUAUUCAACAUACUAUAUAUUUUAUUCUGAAUAAAAAUUAU